UAUCAUUCAACCCUCGAACUUUGUUAUCUUUCCUUUUCGUCACCACUAAAGUCCAAUAAAGAAAAAGGUGAAGCCGAUCGAUUAUUCAAUAUAGGGCUUAAAUUUGUAAAAGGUGAAGUCUCUCUCCCGGCGAUCGCUUCCUAUUGAAUCUGGUCGCGAGGUUACCUAGGGUUUCGUGAAGAUGCCGGCCACGGCGGGGAGAGUCCGCAUGCCGGCGAACAACCGCGUGCACAGCAGCGCGGCGCUCCAGACUCACGGGAUAUGGCAGAGCGCGAUCGGCUACGAUCCCUACGCGCCGGCGAGCAAAAAGGAGGAGCCUUCGAAGAAGAAGAGUCAGGAGAAGUCGUCCGAGGAGGACCCUGAGAACUCGUACGCUAGCUUCCAGGGGCUUCUGGCACUCGCUCGGAUCACGGGGUCCAACAACGACGAGGCUCGUGGGUCUUGCAAGAAGUGUGGCCGCGUGGGGCACUUGACGUAUCAGUGUAGGAACUUUUUGAGCGCCAAGGAGAGGGAUGGGGGUGAGGGUGAGGUUGCGGCGGGGUUGGAGAAGGUUACGAGAGGGGAAGUUGAGAGUAGUGAGGAGGAAGAGGAGAGUGAGAGUGAUGAUUCGGAUGUUGAUUCUGAGAUUGAGAAGAUUAUUGCUGAGAGGUAUGGGAAGAAGAAGAAGAAGAAGAAGAAGCGUGAUGACUCUGAGUCUGAUUCUGGAGAUAGGAAGAAAAGGAGGUCGAAGAAGCGGAGGACGCAUAAGAGGAGGAGUUUGAGUGAGUCUGAGGAUGAGGAAGAAGGAAGGAGUAAGAGGAGGGGGAGAAAGAGAGAUGAUGAUGAUUCUGAUGAGGAUGAUGGCCGGAAGAGAAAGAGUAGAAAGGAGAAGAGGAGGAGGAGAAGCAGGCGUAAUGGUUCUUCUGAUGAUUCUGAUUCAUCUGAGGAUGAUGGAAGAGGUAGAAGGCAGAAGCGUAGGAACAAAGUGGCGGCGUCUUCUGACUCCGAUGUUUCAGGCGAUGAGGGUUCACGCGUUGAAAGGAGUUCUUCUAAGAGGUAUGAGAAGAAGAGCAGGAAACGUCAUCACAGGGGGAGGAAAGACUGAAGUUAAGCUCGAUCCGGUUCUGAAUCCGUCUUUUUUUUUCGAUCUCCAAUUUAUCUCUCCAUCAGUCUAUGUACAAUGUUUAACAAUAUGAAACCUGGCCUAUGGGAUUGGAUUUGUGUUGGACUCUUGUGGUCUGCUUGUUUCAAGAAUGUAUUAUUGAGAUAGUGUUGUUAAUAAAUUGUGUGCUGAGUCUUUUGACUCUUGCUGCUUCAGUGAUUA